AUGUCCACCGCAUCCAACAGCCAACUUUUAGCCACAACAAAACGUGAUUUUCAUGAAAUCGCCCAGCAACUUUUUCUAAAGACCCAGGAGCCCAUAAGACCGCAGAAUUAUAGGAGCGGUACCUUUCGGCACAGUCCUGGCCCAAGCCAAGGAGGCGCAACUGGUGUAUCGGCAGCUAUGAUCGAAGAGGGCAGUGGCCGAGAUUCGUCAUCCCUAACCAUUAGAAUUGCAUCAAACGAGACGCCUUUACCAGAAACUGUGGAUGGAUUGCGUAGAUGUUUAGAUAUAGUGGAGGAAGCUGCUCGUGAGGAAACGGAUGAGCACAAAGGUACUCACAAGUCAAACCUCCUCAUGCAAAUCAUCAAGCUGAGCAAAAAUCGUCUGCGACGUCGUAUUGUACCAAAGAAUCGAGGUGGAAAAGUCAGACUUUCGCUUUUUGACAGUGUUGAAUCAUUGCGAUGUAGGCUUUUGGUAUUAGAGACCAAUAUUGAAAAUCCCUCUCUACAAAAAACUCUUUUUGUUAAUCUUUCAGAACUGUGCCAGAAGAUUGAAAGCUUUACUCUCUCUUCCGAAGACAGACAAACGGAUCGAUUAACCUCAGUAAUCUUAGCUGCGCACAAAGUGUCGACGACUGCCAAUAAUCCAUCACUUGAACGCCAGCUCCAAAUGAAAGGCAUUGACCUAGAUCUCAGCUACCGCCGCACUGUCUUCCAAAUCGACAAGAUAAGCAGAUACCUAGACAUCAGUAACGACCUAAUAGACUUUUCCCGGAAAAUCAGGUGUAAUGUGUACCGUAUUUCGCAUUCGCAUGGCAGACUGUAUCCAAAAUGGACGGUGCCAGAAUGGGAGUGCGUGAAUGAAGAGUUAAAUCUAAGGUUCAGUGAGAUUUUGAAAGACAUGAGUCAGGAAAUGCUGCAGAUCAAAAAGAAUUUCGUGAGACGACCCGGGUAUGAAGGAAAUGGUGCAGAGAGCAGAGUACAUCUGUUGAUACUUCCGUCGAACUUCAAUGCAAUUUCAAGCCCUACAACAGAAAUGAGAGCUUCUUCGAGGUCAGAAACUUCAUUAAAAAUUGCCGUUAUUCAUGAGUCUCAGUCUGAGUUCUGCGAAGCCUCGGAAGCGGCAAUAAAAACCACAUGCCAAGCUUGUGAUCUCCCGCCAAAUACGACUACCAGUUCGACUGUCGCAACAGGAGCUUUGAACGGGGUUAGUACUGCUCUCGAAUCAGGGGUUAUCUCAGGCUCCAACUCGGCACCUUCCAUUAGCUCAAAAUCACCACACCCAAGUCCUUUAUACGAGUGCCGCGCACAAAACCUUCCCAUUAAAAUCCUUAUCUCACCCGAUAACCUCCUAGACACGAUCAUUCUCUCCAUCGGUAAAGUAGAAUACAUAUUUGAUAUUCGCGAUAUGGAAUUUGGAUAUCUCAAUAUCAAACCAACGAAGCAAAUUGAUAUACUGAAAGGAAGGAAGCGAUUGCAAAGUAAAGGAUUAGCUGAAGGAAACCAUGAAGAACUCCGACUUAUAGAUGUCAGAGGUUCUGAACUUGAUGGCGAACUUGUGCUCACCGGCAGAAAUUCGGAUUCAAAGGAAGUGGAGUUUUUUAUGAAUGAUGGGGGAGAGUGUAACAUUUGUGUCAAGAUUGUAUGGGGUGUAGAAGAGGGGUAA